AUGAAUCAACGAACAAUUGCUGCACUUCGAACACCAGCCGGAUGUACAACACCGUUUGAAGUGGUAAGUAGAGUAAGACAAGGGGAAUUGGCAGGACCGUUCCUCUUCAAUUUCGCCAUCGACGACAUUAUGCGAAGAACAGUCGACAAGUGUCCUGCCGACAUUGUCUUAGCACCAUCAGGGUGCCCCUUGACUGACCUCGAGUACGCCGACGAUGUUGUUAUAUUCGCGGAAAGCAGUACGAAACUUCAACAUGUUGUCAACCUCGUAUCGAAGCUGGCUGCAGCCUACGGACUACGCCUAUGCCCUGAUAAAUGCAAGCAGAUGUGGAUCUCUUUUCGAGACCUGAAACGGAAAUGA